AUGAAAAAAAUUGGAAUUUGCUUAACGAGAGGAUGGCGAAGUGUUAUUGGGCGAAAUUUGUUUGUUUUUGUUGGAAUCCUACUCACCGCAUCGAUUGUUUAUUUUUAUAUAGGUGAGUAGAAUGUUUCACGGAUUAAAAAAUGCGGCCCGUUUUUUUCUCUACAGAUGCGCCACUAAAGUUCAAAGUGGCCAAGAUUGUUGAAAGCGGGGAUCAAGAAGAGUAUUAUUCACCCCGUGACAAUUCGAUUUCUCGAGUUUCGUGAGUUUUAUUUAGAUUUUCUAUCAAAUUUUAAAUUAUCUUUAGGUUUAAUGACUCGAAAAACGAUGUGAUUGUUUUUGUGCAUAUUCAAAAGACUGCUGGAACAACAUUCGAACGAUUUUUGGUGCGAUAUCAAGAUAAUUUGCCUUGUAAAUGUAUGGCUCAUAAGAAACGUUGCAAUUGUGCAAGAUCGCAAUCAAAUGAGGUAAUUUUUUGUGUUGUGGGCUCAAAAAUAGUUGUAAUUACUUUGAAAUUUAACCAAGUCUCCCAUAAUAUUUCUUUUCACAUUUCCCUUAUUCCAGACUUGGUUAUUCUCACGUUAUUCAACUGGUUGGGUUUGUGGUCUACAUGCUGAUUAUACCGAACUAGUCGUCAAUAAUUGCGUGCAAAAUGUGCUCGAUAGACAAACCGGUUUCAAAAAGAAUCGCAAUUAUUACUACACCACAUUUUUAAGAAAUCCAACAGAUCGAUUUGUCUCCGAGUUUCGACAUGUUCAAAGAGGCGCCACGUGGAUUUCUUCGAGGUUGGUACUCGGACUUUUCUUCUGGAUUCCAUAAUAUAUUUUCAAAUUGUUUCAGACACGUCUGCAAUGGGAAACCAGCUUCAUUAAAUGAUCUACCAUCUUGUUUCGACCCGAGAAUUGGUUGGGAGGGUGUGUCUCUUGAAGAAUUCAUAUCAUGUCCUUAUAAUCUGGCGUUUAAUCGACAAACUAGGAUGUUGGCUGAUUUGACAUUGGUGAACUGUUAUGAACAUGUCAGAAAGCCUACACACGAACAAGAUAGGAUUCUUUUAGCUAGUGCAAAGGAAAACUUAAGGUAACUUUUAUUAUUUGUUUGAGACAAAACAAAAAAGUUGAACAACUACUUUGAAAACAGAUCGCACAAUUCCUCUCUACCCCAAAUUCACCCAAAAAUCCCCUAAAAUAAUAAUUUAUAGAAAAAUGGCGUUUUUCGGCCUCAAAGAAUAUAUGGAUGAUAGUCAAUGGCUCUUCGAAAACACAUUUCAAAUGCAAUUUUCUCGAAAAAUGUCAGUUUGGGGUAAGAGCAAGUCAAACGACACAGUUCUCAACGAAUCUCAAAUUGCGUUUAUUAAAAAUGUCAACAAACUUGAUUGGGAGCUUUUUGAAUAUGCUCUUCAACUUUUCAAAGAUCGAAUUUCUCAAAUGAAAAGACUUAUCAUUAAUUGA